ACGACACGUGGCGGGCGUAGAUACACGGUGCUAUUGUUGAACACCAAUUGUAGACGAUGAGUUGGCACGACACGUGUCGAGCUCUCGCAAACGGUGGGCUCCUCAGGCAUAUUUCCCUCUUUCUCCUCUUGUCUUGAAGAGUUACACAUUGGAGCCUACAUCGAGCUGUUGUUCUACCUCGUCGUCUGAGGAGGAUGCUGAGGCGGCGGCGGCGAACAUGACGGAGCUGGAGGCGGCGGAGGCAUUAGCGGAUUUGGCGCAGCUGGCGGUAAUGCGAGAGCAGGUAUUCGAAUCGGCGGCGAGCUGGGGAAGCAAAGGGAAACGAGUCAGGAAGCGAGUCAAGACCGAGUCUCCUCCUCCGCCUGACUCGGAAACGUUACCUACUCCGGAUCUACCUGAGGAACGAGCAGUGAAAGAAGAAGAAGAAGAUGUUGUUGUCGAACCGAUUAGUAGAGAAGUAACUGAAGUUCCGGUUAAAACUGAAUCGAAUGGUGGUGAAACACCACCUAAACCAAAUCUUGCUUCGACACUAAGGUGUAAUAAUAGACCAAGUGGUUGUGGCCGAUCAAGGCAGAAUUUAAGUGAGGCUGAAAGAGAAGAGCGUAGAAUCCGAAGAAUUCUAGCUAACAGAGAAUCCGCUAGGCAGACGAUACGGCGAAGACAGGCAAUGUGCGAGGAGUUGAGUAAAAAAGCAGCUGAUCUAGCAUAUGAGAAUGAGAAUCUAAGAAGGGAAAAAGAUUGGGCCUUGAAAGAGUUUGAGUCUUUGGAGACUAUUAACAAGCACUUGAAAGAACAGGUAGCUAAGUCAGUACAACCCGAGACAAAAGAAUCUCCCAAACCAUCACAAGUUGAGAUGUCUACAUCAUCUACUACUCCCUUUUACUUCUACAACCAGAAUCCAUACCAGCUUUUCUGCUGGCCUCAUGUUACUCACCCAUCAAAUCCAAUGGUCUCCCCCCACGAAAGCCAAAACGGUUUUACAGCACCGUUCACCACCACUGGAGGAGUGUCUGCCAAAGCCAUGACCUCGCAGGAGAAUGGAAAUCCUGGAGAUGAUAAUGGGCAGAAGACUCAUUUUUACGUCGUGCCAUGCCCUUGGUUUCUCCCUGCUCCUCCUCCUGAUCAGAGCAAUGGUGUCCCCUUUGCGUUCGAAGAUCAGCAAAGAGUUGUCUCUUCAAACGGGCAUCACCAUAUCGAUGAUUCUUCACCAAAACCAGUUGAGGUCACAAAAACUCUUACUAGCAUCAAAGAAGAGGACUCUGGUUCAACCGAGACAACAAGACCUCUGUAUGAUCUCAACGAAUCUGCAGCUGAAGCCCUCUCAGAAGGAGAUGGUGCUCCCGCCACAACGCAGCAAGGUUUUAGUUUCAAGCAUGAAGAUGUUUCUGACUCGGCUAACGGAGUCACCCCUGGCCACCGUGUUUUGAUGUCUCUACAGGGGAAGAAGCAAGGCUCUUUGGCUGCAGCGGAAGCUAGGAAGAGAAGGAAAGAACUCACUAAGCUUAAGAACCUCCACGGCCGUCAAUGUCGGAUGCAAGUAUGACAACAUUACAUUACAAUAUUAGAUUCAUCAUCUUUCACCAGUUGCACCACUACUAAAAGGUAGUUACUUACUUCCCUUUGUUUUUGUCCGGGGCAUUUUCCAUUUGUUUCGGCUUUUUCUUUAGUAAAACACCAAAGCCAGAGAGUCAUACUGAUGAUCCAACGAACGGAAUUAUUAUUAUUAUUAUUACACGCUUCCAGGAUUAGUGUCGAGAGUUUUGUUUUUCACAAAAAUGUUGUAUCCAUUGUAAGAUUCUGUUUGCUUCUCAAUGGAAGCUUACUGUUACGAUCA